AUGGGAACAAAGAAGCUUCGUGCUGAGGGGAAAGAGGUGACGCCGCAACGUAUCAUCGCCACGGCCAAUGCGUAUGUCCUCUAUGUCCUGGGAGCUGUAAUCUUCCCCGACGUUUCCGUUGCCCGUGUGAGCGCCAACUUUAUCCAGCUUGUGCAACCAUUUGGAGAGAUUCGCGCAUACUCUUGGGCCACUGCCAUCCUUUCACACUCGUUGAAGGAGUUGAGAAAGGCUUCUAGAUCUCAAAGGAACCAAAUAGGAGGGAAUAUGGCUUUUAUGCAGGCUUGGAUAUAUAUGCACUUCCCAAUAUUUGCUAAAAGGGCUUUUGAGAACAAGGAUUGGGACGGAGAGAAUUAUGGAGACAAGUACAACUACAAAAGUAAGCCGAAGAAACAAAAAAUGGAUUUUCUGAAUUUGAGACGCCUGUUAGACAACUUGAAGAUUAAGGAUGUUGUCUUCGUUCCUUACAAGGAGGAUUUGGCUAAAGGAAAAGUAAACAAGGUUGGCUUCCGAGAGCAAAGUGAAUAUUUUGGGCCUUUGUUUCACCCAAGAGGAUAUGUAAUGUACAACCCUACGAGAGUAGCAAGACAAUGUAGUUAUGUAAAAAUAAUCCCAAAGGCGCAAAAGAUGUUCAACAUCAAUGAGACAAAAACCAAAUCACAUGAUAAUGAUAUUAUCAUUGUUCACAAGCCUUUCCCAUCAUGUGAUUAUUGGAACGACAGAGCGUUCCACAGAUAUCCUUUGUAUGGUCCAUCUCCAGCAGAUGACGUGGCAAUUCCGGGUUACAUACCGUGGUACCUCAAAGUUUCACAGAAGACGAGCCGGACACUUGAUAACCAAGUAAAGCUAGAAAUCAGGGAAGGGAAAAAUGUGAAGGCCAAUGAAAAGCUAAUUGAUGAAUUUAAUGGUCUUGAAGAUGUAGAAGCUGGUGCAAAUUUCCCAAAUGUUCAGAUUUAG